CGCUGGACAAGCAGCACGCACGAGAGAGAUGGAGCCCGUGAGCGUGAUUAUCGCGGUGAUUGCCUUGUGCGCGACGGUUGUGUAUCUGUUCCUACGUCGGCAGCAAAACUACUGGAGAAGCCGCGGAUUCCCUACGCUCCCGGAACAGCCACAUCUACUGUACGGACACACGAAAGGCGUAAACACCCUGCGCCAUGCAUCGGCCGUCUCAUCGGAGAUCUAUCAACGGUUCAAGCGUGAUGGGGCUGCCUUCGGUGGCAUCAACCUUAUGAUACUCCCCGUCGUAACACUCGUCGAUCCGGACGUGAUCAAGACGAUUCUGGUGAAGGAUUUCAACGUGUUCCACGAUCGCGGUCUGUACACGGAUGCGGACGCGGAUCCACUGUCCGCGACGCUGUUCGCAUUGGCUGGCAAAUCGUGGCGUACGUUGCGCCACAAGCUAACCCCCACGUUCACGUCCGGUAAGAUGAAGUUCAUGUUCGGUACGAUCCUUGGGGUGGCGGACGAACUGCACCGCUACAUGGAUGAGCACGCGGUACAGGGUGAGCUGGAGAUGAAGGACAUUCUGGUGCGCUUCACCACGGACAUCAUUGGGACGUGUGCGUUCGGGAUUGAGUGCAACACGUUGCGCCAUCCGGAUUCGGAGUUUCUGAAGUAUGGUCACCGGGUGUUUGAAAAUACGACCUACAAAAUGCUGAAAGUGAUGUUUGCGAUGACGCUGCCCAAGCUGGCGAAAAAGGUUGGCGUCAAAGUGACGGACACGGAACUGGAGACCUUCUUUCUUGGUAUCGUGCGCGAAACGGUGGAACAUCGGGAGAAGCAUAAUGUGCAGCGGAACGACUUUUUGAAUCUGUUGAUCGAGAUCAAGAACAAGGGUUCGGUGCAGGAGGGAGGAGAUGCAAUUGCAGCGGAAUCGGGUAUGACAAUGAACGAGCUGGCGGCGCAGGUGUUUAUCUUUUUCCUCGCUGGAUUCGAAACGUCCUCGACCACGAUGAACUUUUGUCUGUACGAGCUCGUGAAGCAUCCGGAGAUACAGGAGCGGUUGCGCAACGAGAUCAACGGUGCAAUCGAAGCGAAUGGAGGUCAAUUGUCGUACGAUGUGGUCAUGAACAUUCAAUGUCUGGAUCAAGUUAUUAAUGAGACUCUCCGCAAGUAUCCGCCACUGGAAACGAUUACACGCGCCCCGGAACGUGACUAUACCGUGCCCGGCACUACGCACGUCAUUCCGAAGGGGGCCAUGAUCCAGAUACCGAUCUAUGGGCUACACCACGAUCCGGAGUACUAUCCCGAUCCGGAACGGUUCGAUCCGGAUCGCUUCACGCCGGAGGAAGUGAAGAAAAGGCAUCCGUAUGUGUUCCUUCCGUUCGGUGAGGGUCCACGGAACUGUAUUGGCCUGCGGUUUGGACUGAUGCAGACGAAGGUGGGCCUGAUAACGCUGCUCCGUAACUUCCGCUUCUCCGCAACCGAUCGCACCCCCGAAAGCAUGACGUUCAUACCGAGUGUGUUUGUGCUGACGCCGGAUAAGGGUAACUAUCUGCAGGUUGAUAAGUUGUAAAAAGGUGCCGAACGAGCUUAGGGUGUGGUUCUUGGCUCCAGCAGUUGGUUGCAUUAUGACCACCCACGCAUGACACGCGGUGUAUUGCGAGCUGCAUUGCAUCAUCGCUCCAAAAUAGGAUGCGCCACCACCAUAUGGCUACUAUGUUUACACGAAUAAAUGUUAUUCGAUGUUGCUAUUCCUG